GGCAAAUUCGUCAUGGUCCAACAAGCUUUUCAGAGAAAAAAAUCCAUGCGCACGUCAUGUAUUUUAACCAAUGAUAUAGUCACGAACCUUAACACAUAAAUGCUUUUCUAAGCACUUUCAUUUUGUACUUCCGCCCUAAGUUCCGUCAUAAUCGCUAAGUUAUUUCGCUUUCGAUUCAACGAUGGAACCAGAAGAAAAUACAGCGCCUGAACAUGAACUCCAGUUUGGAGGGCACGAUUUUGUGUUCGUUGAUGAGCCGUCUUCCGAACAAUUUUGCUCUGUAUGUCUUCUUGUUAUGAAAAAUGCUGUUCAGACAGUAUGCGGUCAUCGCUUCUGCAGACACUGCCUCGUUGGGACAUUCAGGUACCAAGAUUUUGUUAAUUUAACAUAGACAUGCUAAACUUCACUCACUAAUAGGCCGAUGGUCAUGAAGUAAUAAUCGUUGCGUUCUCUGAUGCAUACACUCGACUGAUUCGAUAGAAUUUCAAGCUGUCACAGUUUUUUGUCCGCGACGAAACACGCUAUCAACAAAUCUUUAAUCAGACUGUCCCGCUGUAUCAUAAAUCACUUCUGAGGUAUCCGAAAAAGGAACAUUGAAAUUCAUGGUUUGAGGUCUUUCAAGGCCCAUCGUCAUACAGCGAUUCAGUCGAAGCUUUUACAAAAAAAUACGGUUUGUGGGAUGAAGGUCUUCUUGCACGCCAUUGGCAAAUAAUCAGUCAAGCACGGCACCGCGAUGUAAUGAAUUAUUUGCGAAGAAUACAUCUGCGCAAAGGAAGUAGAAAAGAAAUAGGAGACGUCUCUGCACGCUGGCUAAGGAUGCAAAAAAGUAAAUAAGGUUUAUUUCUAUGUCUGUAUUUUAUUUCCUGUAAUAAAGUUUACUUUUUUGAGCCCGAGAUUCUUCCAUUUUCAGGGAAGGUCAACAUGCCUGUCCACAGGAUAGAAACCCUAUUCCCGAGGAGGGAGGGGUGAGUACAUUAUUUGCUGCAAGAUAUAUGAAACACACCAAGAGUCAUCCUCUCUUGAUACCACAGAACAGUCGAUAAAUAAAAUUGGUAUUAGUCAACUUGUCAACUGUUUUGCCUCAUCAGUCGAACAAAACUUCUGAUUAGAGUGAUUUUUACUUAACCUGUGAAAUAGAGUAGUAGAAUACAUUGUACUACGCACUAUUAUGCACUACUUCCAUUGUCUUCUCUCGUUUACCAGUAGCUAUUUUGCACUAGUUGUUAUUCUCUGUUUCACGGGUCAAGUAAAAUCACUCUGUUUGAGUAUGGGUGAAUGUUUUGAACCAGCAAGCGAGUUUGCCGUUGAAUAAAAUUUUAACUGAGGCGUCCAGACCUGUUUCCCGCUAGAGUGCACAUCUACUGUCGGUUCACGCCGUUCUUCUGUUUUUUUUUUCUCUCCUCGAGUCUCUGUAAGACGCGCAAACAACAACAGGAUCCGUCUCUGAGAUAGUUGACUGCCUUUGCCGAGAUUCAUAUUUGUCAGUUAACUUUGAAUUCUAUAAUAUUUUAUAAUUUGCAUGAUAUGCUGUACCAACUGAAUAACCAAUUGAGCAGUGAAACACAUGCAGUGCACUUUUCAGACUUUUGAAAACAAAGUCGAUUAAAGUGCAUGCUAUAUAGUCUGCUACACAGCCGUUUUUAGUGUCGUCACGCAACGCGUUGCGUGACGACACUAAAAACGGCUGUGUAGCAGACUACAUGCUAUACGAAAUGAAACACAUUGAAGAAGUUGUUCCUUUGUAUUCCCUCUUUUGCAGUUCUUUCCCGAUGUGGCCUGGGAGAGGAAUAUACUGUCGCUUCGGGUAAAAUGUAAAAUGAGUAAAAGAGGCUGUGAUUGGACAGGACAAUUACGUCAUUUUCAGGUAAUGUGAAAGGAGCAUUAUGCAGUCUUCCCCUGAUGCAUUGCGCUGUAAUAUGUUAUCCAGUUGGUUUGUGACGUCAUCACUUUUUAAGGUGGAUGCAUCUAGUAAACAACUCCAUCAAGCUCCUGUCUUCGGGAAAGAUUCAGACGUGAUUUAUUAGAAUUGCGAUUUGAAUACCAAGAUAGACCUUACAUUACCUUCGCUGCAAUUUUUACGGCUGAAUGUGGUCUUCGGCCGAUUCAUUUUCGUCAGCUCUUUGGUGGAGAGGCGUUAGUAUAUGCAGUGGUAUAUGUUACCGGCUAACAGGCGAAUUUUGGAUAAACUCAACGGCGUGAGAUUUCUAUUUAUUGUACAGGUUAUUGAGAAAGCUCAAAAGAAGCUCAAUUUUUUUUUGUGGGCAAGAAAGCUUUUCAUUAUGAAAUUGUUCUUCGAUUAAUUCAACCUAGCUUAUUUUCUUCACGGCGGAGCGCUUGGCCUGUUUUCUGCUGUUUUGAAAUGCAGCCAAGGCAGCAACGUUUUGGAGAAUUUUGAGGUACAGAUUUACUCUAUGAUCAAGGAAAUUACGUUUUUAAAAGGAAAUUUAUGUAUUUAUAAAUGUUUCAUAGACAAUUAAUUCAUUUUGGUAUCGGUGUUUAUAGAAAAAUUACAAAAAUUAAAUGUACCACGAUUGGAGAUGACGUGAUUAAUUGUGUUGAAUUUUGCCGUGUGGUCAGCCGAUUUUUACUUGCGUAAACGGAUCCAAGUCCUAGUUAGCGUUCGGCAAAUUGCUUUUAAGGAUUAACUAAUGGAAUUUUUUUUUCAAAAAAAUUUGUCAAGAAAUAAUUUCUCUGUCUAUUGUUUUGUGUUUGUUCAUUCAUGACGUAAAACAUUGGCUCAAAACACGAUCGUCGGACUAUGCUACUCACAUAUAUACACGCAUCACUUCUGCGAGAGAUUUCGGUGAAUUUUUGGGCACUGUGCGAUACGCCGCUACUGAAUUUUAUUUAAUGAUUAUUCUGGUUAUAUAAAGAGAUAAUUCUUUAAGCCUAAUUUUUAUGGAUAUUUUCACUCUAAGUUUGCCGCGCAGGUGGGUCAGCGCCGAAGUAUCUUGUUUUUUGUUAAAAUGACAACUCGCUUCGCGCGGUCGUCAGCCAAUUGAACUGUCAUGUUCAAUUUCGAUUUGUCGACGUCUGAGUUGAGGUACAACGAGGUACAUUGUCAUUCCUUGAAAUUAUAUCCCUUCUUCUCUUCAAAAAUUAUUGGUUUAAUUCACAGAACCUUGACUAUUGUAGUCGGAAACUAACACAUUUCUUGAAGUACCCGAGCGUGAGAGUGAAGAUAAUACCUUCAUCAUUAAAAUUCACCUCUCUUCGUCGUGAAAAUAAGGCAUUUAAUUUUUCAUUUAAUAGCUUGGAAAAUUCGCUCAGUAUAUCAAUUUAAUGCCAAUCAAAAGGAAUGAAACAAAAGACACUCACUUCAAGCCGUCAAACAAGCUUCUUUUGAAAGGUCGAAAAAUCAUCUCCGACGCUCAUGAUGCAUCCACUUGAUAAUGGUCACGCUGCACGCGAAAACCGCGAAAAAUUGCCGCAUGGAAUUAUGGGAAGACUGCAUAAUCCUCCUUUGGUGACGUGUUUCUGUAUUGCCUAGCAUGUAGAGUCUACAUUGUAGGCUCGAAACGGGGAGGUCGGACAUGACGAAGGGAGGCCAAAUUCGUAGGAAAAAAGUGAGGACAUAGACAGCGCGCAGCAUUUAUAUCAAUUUUGCAUUGAUGUAUAGUGAUUUAGAAUGGUUAGCUUUUACUUUAGUGUUUUGGAAACUCCACAGAAUGUGCUAUAAAUUUAAGAAAAUUCAGUACCUGGAUAAGAAGUGAGAAAAUAAAGCGGCUACGAUUAUGUUUUGUACGUACUGAUUUAGAAAUAGUUGGCUUCCAUUACUGUUUUGGAAACUCCAUAGAAAUACUAUGAAAUUAGGUACUGCUUGGUACUGUUUUCCCCGUUGGUGUACGUGCAUUCCAUUAAGAAAUAAUUGUAGUGAACCGUGUUUAAGGCUCCCUGCCGACUCUCUUUUACUUUGGUCUCUCUUCUAUUUCUUCAAAAACCGGUUUAAAAUUUUAGACAGUUAAUUAAGGUUUCCUCAGUGUGUAGGGUGGGUUCAUGAGGUUUUCAAACUAGGGUUGCCUAGAAGGAAGACUGAAGGCAGUUCCUCUGGAUGGUAGCGUGAGCAAGGCGGCAUUUCAGUGAAAUCAACCAAGAGAGCUCCUCGCGAUUAUAACUGUUUACUUACCAAGCACAUAGUUUUUUAGCAGUAUCUAAUCAUCUAGUCAAGAAAGUAAAGCAGCAAACAAGAAAAGGAAGCAAUAAAAUAGUUGGGUGUAGCUACAAAUUCGGGAAGUACUUGAGGUGAGAAGUGAUUUUUUGGAGGUAGCAAAGAGCGAUAUGAGUGGGGAAAAGAGUGGUUCGUGCCCCGACCAUAGCAACAAGCACACACGUACAUUUAAUAAAUUGAAUCUGUUUGUUAGCGUUUUACACAUUCAAAUUAUUUUAAUUAUUCCUUAGCACAUUUCUAUGGGCUGAUACAUUGUAAAUGUUUCACCACCAUGUUACAAAGCCACCUGUACCAGUGCGAACAGCCCACAUUGACUACAAUUGACUUCCUAAUUAGGUUAAUAUUGAAGAGAGCUGUGUCUGGCUAUUGCAAAAAUCAAAAUUCGUUACUUCAUCCUGAAUGUUUUAUUGAUUUAUUUGUUCAGUUGUUUGUUUGUUUUUAUAUAAUGUCAAGUUAAAAUUGUCAUCGCGCAUUAUGAAUUAUCUAUUACGUUUGCUGUUUUGUUCACUGUAAUAAACACUUUCAACGUUUCGAUUGUUUUGUAGAGUCAUUCCGACGAAUGUCAAUAUGAAGAUGUAACUUGCGAUGAUUGCGAUGAGGAGAUGCAAAGGAGGUUUUUGGAUACACACUUAACAUCAGAGUGUAGCGAAAGGGUUGUGCAGUGUGUUUACUGUAAAGAUGAAUUUGCUUUCUGGCGCUUGGAGGUAAGCCUACCAAGGUACAUUAAGGGCCUCGGUUAGAUCCGAGAUAUUACAUACGUAUCCAUUAUUUUUAAGUGUGACUGUUUAUACCCGGAGGGGUACUCCCUAUAAUGGCCUAUAAUGGGAGCUGAGGCUCCGCCCGGAGGGGUACCUGGUACCUUUUUCUAGCAUCAGGUAUAUGAAAGGGUAGGUAUUUCACAAGCUGAAGUAUAUGAAAGGGUAGGGAAAUCUGUCAUUUCGGUUGGUAACGGGCUCAAAAGGGAUAACAUGCAUUUUAUGGCUUUGAAAAGUCGAGAAAACGUUUCGGUUUUGUGAUUUCUUCAUGUUAUUUUUUAUUUAAGACAGUGUAUUUACAGCCGUAAAAAGAGAUGCAAAGUUCUUAACUAGGUAUGUAAAAGGGGUACAAUUUUUCAAUAGAAGGUAUACGACUAUAUAAAAGGGGUACCUUUUCUGUCAAAAAAAGGUAUAUGAAAGAGAGUAAGGGGUUGGACCUCAGGGCGGAGUCCUUCUAGGAGUAUAUAACAGGGUAAGUCUCGCGUGCAGUUCAAUGUACAGGAUCCUAUAGGGUUAAGACUUGUAACGCUCUUUGUAGGCAAGAUUAAUCUGUCUGGCUUAAGCUUGUUUCGUUUAUUAUCAGGAAUCAUGACUGUAUACUAUUACAAUAUGCUAAUGGCGACCCGUGGGCAAAAAAUAAGGCGAUUGCUGCGUCGCUCUUAGGGUUUGUGAGUCCAAGGAUGCUCUGCGCACAUGUACAUAAAAUUCAGACAAAGAAUUCUCACUAAGCUACUUCAUUAUUUCUUAAAAUUCAUAGCUUCAUCAAAGGGACGACUGCGCUCGUCUUCCCCUUGCAUGCCCUCAACAGUGUGGAGUCCAGGACAUACCGCGAGAAGAGGUAAUUUAAAGAAAUUCUGUGUACAUGAGCCGUGACUGGUCUGUGUGACUAAUCGACCGAUAAUUAUAACAAUUAUUGUAGAGGCUGAGUAGGAUGUAACGAAUUAUGCAGAUCGACGAGGAUGUUAUCCACCGAAAAACAAUUAAAUUUUAUAUUUUAGGCCUUACCUCCUCGAAGACUUUACACAAACAUUUGCCUAUUCUGUUUCUCGGCACCGUUUUAGGAUAAAAGCAGAUGUUUUUCGCUGCAGAAAUUUUCUUCGGACAGCCGUGAACACCAUUAAAUUUUUGUUUGGUUCACUCGCUAGGCUAGUCUGCAGAACUGAAGCGGAUAUUGCCUGGUAACCAGGCAGCUGGGGCUUGCAUAAUUUUGGGCAUAAUUGGAGCAAAAAAGCAUAAUUUUUUAAACGACCACUGCCGCGGCAUAAUUAGCAAAUUUUAGCACUUUUUGGGGCAUAAAUUCAUAAAAUUUAGUAAAUAUGGUAUAUUUUCUACAGAAAUAAAUUAAAUUUAGGCAGUAUGUUCUUGCAAUGCGUGUUUUAGCUACGCUAAUAGUAGUAUUGACUUUGUUCUGACAUGCUUAGUUACUAGGCCUCUUUUGGCGAAUUCUGCGUGCGCGGUUAACCUUUUGGAGGAGUGUGGUACUCUGGUUUCUCAUCCGGCUUCUCCAACAUGGCGUCGAUUAACCUUGACGUUGCAAUAAUGUUGCAGUACAAUAAGCGCUGAUGUUGACUUGUGUAUACUAUUCUUAUCCAUGUUUAUUCAAGCAAUUAUUGGUGCUGAAAGAACUCAGAACUGUCAAGACAAGUUGAUUUACUUCGUGGCUUAACACUUUGAACGUUAUAGUUCGCUAUAGUUUGAGUUAGUUUUAAAUCAAGAGAGUACUAUAUUCUUUUGGUUCAGUCAGUAUAUACAAGUGUGAUCGUUAAGUCCUUGAAGACAUUUUACAAACGGUUCAGACAUGCGAGCAGCUAAUUUGGACAGCUGGGGGCCGAGACAAAAUGCUAUAAAACACAAAUAAAUUUACAACAACAGUUUAUUUGAAAAACGUCAUAGUUUGGUGUCGUUAUUGUGCGCCUAUAUGUACAGAAUCUACGCCAUUUUGUGAGCAUAAUUUCGGAAACUGAGGAGCAUGAUUUGGGAAUUUUGGCAUAAUUUGGCAAAAUUUCGAGCACUGCUAGUAGUAUGCCACUUUUAGGAGCACAAUCCGCCAAGGCCUAUAUGCUGUCAUACUUAUCAGUAUUUACCUAAUAAAAACGUAAUACCGUGUGGCACGAAAUUUUUUACGGGUUCUAAUUUUUGGGAUUUGUGCGUUUUUUCAGCGAUCAGCAAAAAUAAAGUUCUCGCAAAUCAAUAUUACCGCAAAAAUUUCUCCCGCAAAAAUUUACUCCAGAGUAAAUAUUCCCUAACUUAAAUUCACUACACAAAAAUACAGUACAUGUAGUAAGAAAUCGUGUCUGUUUAAUUACAACUUGUCUCUUUCGUUCAGAAACAAAGCAGUAUACAAUGAAGUACUAACGCACACCAAAGAGCAUUGUUUGAAAAUAUGCAUUUCUAUUGCACGUACUCAAUAAAAACGAAAAUAUUGUCAAUGCUGAUGAGUACUGGUGCUUUCUGAAAAACGCGAAAAUUAAUUCCCAGCAAGAAAAACCAAUCUGUCCUAAUCGCAAAAAUUAGUUUCCGCAAAACACAAAAAAUCGCCAAUCCGCAAAAAUAAACUCCCGCAGAAAUUUCGUGCCACACGGUAGAAAACCGUCUAUUUCCUUGAUCUCGAAGGUCUCUGUAGGUGCACACGUGCUGAUCAUUUUAACACCUAUACAGGUGGAGUCCCAUGUGAAAGAUGACUGUUCAAUGACGGUGGUGAUCUGUCCUUAUGAGGAAGCUGGAUGCACCUUCCAUGUAAGUUGAUUUUCCAAGCAAGCUUUUUGUUGAGACAGAAACGACAGAAAUGAACUACAACAGAUAGAAAGAAUUGAAUACAACGACUACCGCGAGUAAUGAUGUUGUCAUGGUGACAGGAGAAACGGUUAUGGCAAGAAAAAAGAUCAAUGAGCAAUGAUAUCAUUGACAUCAACUAUUAUGCAACAGAAAUCGUUGAACUUUUAAUAUCAUAGGUGACGAAUUACUCCUUAAUUUUGGCGCUAAAUUUCAGCGUUAAUAUGUAAUUUCACAUGUGAAAUUACAAAAUUGCCAUGGCAACCCUUCCGUACGUCUCAGUGUCAAUAUGGCGACGAAGUUUUAAAAUGCCGUGAAUGAAGAUGUCAGGGCACAAAAAGACGCUUUAGAAAACCUGAACACACAAGAGAACAUCAAGAAGGAUUCUAACAGGUAUUUUGCCGAAAAAUUCUGAAAAAUUCUGAACUAAGCCAAAUUGAGGUCUAAACAUUUGAGAGAGUGGAGUUCUUGAUCGAUACGAUCCAGGAUAAACAUGUCAAAAAUCCAAGAUUGCUAACGUAAUUCGUCAUCCAUGAUAUUAAUAGGUAAUCAAAUGGUAUACUCGUGAAAUUGGGAAGGCUCGGGAAAUUAUUAGGAUUUGGACAAAACGCGCGUGAAAUUAUUCCCAAAUUUCACUCGUCACCAUUGGAUUACACAUACUAACACACUUGUCCACCACCACUCCCCAUUCAACUACGUCAAGUAAAGUAUAAACUAGCCAUUACGUUCCGACGGAAACAAAAUUCAAUUUCUGUAAAUUAGUGAAUGUAAAGUCGCGUUUGCAUUGAUUUUGUCUCGGCUUUAUUGCAGGACAAACGAGCUUAUUUGAAAGCUCACAUAGAAAAAUCCAGCGAAGACCACUUAGGCAAGACAUGGUCGGCAUUCCUGAAGACAAAACAUGAACUGAGCGAGGUGAAGGGCAAUGUGGAUGAAAUACAGGUUAGUGUUAAAACACUCCAGUCGGAGAAAGAAGCGAUGCAAAUGAGCCUUCAAAGAUGCAACGAGGAGUUUGGCGAGUUGAAACUAUCGGAGAGAAAGCUUGAGGUGGAAAACAUGUCUCUCAAGAAAGAAAUGACUGAAAUGGGACGGAAGCUGGAAAAAGUCAAAGAGAGUGCUGCUAUUGAGAACAGGUCACUGAAGGAGGUUGUACAGGACAUGCAGAGGAAGCUUGAGGCUUUAGAGAGGGAAGGAAAAAAUAUGCCACCACCGGUAAUUCCAUGUUUUCUUUAUAAUUAUAUAUAUACAAGAUGA